ACUUGACGCUCGUCGCUCUCUCCCGAGGCUCCUCAGCAAUACACACAUACACACAUACAUACAUACAUACACACGCGCACACUCACGAAGAAGAAGAGGCUUGUACGACGCAUUUGUUUGCAUUUUAAAAUGGCUCAUCACACAUGAGGAGGACACGGCGGGAUGUGGACAUAAACAAGUGUCUCCUCCGAGACGAGAGGACACCACGCUUCUUCUUCUUGCUUCCCUUUGUGGAUUGAUUACCUUCCCUCCUCCAAGUGACUAUGGCUUUAAAAAGUUCUGUGGAUUUCUGACGCGGCGUCACUGGACCAUCCCUCUCCUGUGGUCUUUUUUUGUGCGUGUGUGACUGACUUGUCCCCCCCUUUAGCACCCAAGGGUGCUCUCGUCAUUCACCUUGUUGACGCACCCCUGCAGAUCCACACAAGAAGGGGAGGGGGACAUCAUAUAUCCCAGCUCGGAAGGGGACACACGCCACAUUUGGACCGGUCAGAACCGAGCAGCGUUUUGAUUUGAAUGAAGUGCUUCACCUGCUGCAGCCAAGCGAGUCCGCACCACCAAGAAGAAAAAGAAGAAGGGGGAAUACGUGGUCAACUUUUGCUGUAGUGAUGCUGCAAGUGGAAAUGAUUCUCGUCGUCUGCCUGGUGCUGUGGAUGUGUGUUUUUAGCCAGGAGCCCAGUUCCAAAGUGGUGGCAGACCGCUACGCCGUCUUCUGGAACCGGACCAACGCCAAAUUCCACCGUGGGGACUAUCACAUCGACGUCUGCAUAAAUGACUACCUGGAUGUCUACUGCCCGCACUACGCAGACUCGGUGCCCGAGGAGCGAACGGAACGCUACGUCCUCUACAUGGUCAACUACGACGGCUACAGCACGUGCGACCACACCUUCAAGGGUUUCAAACGCUGGGAGUGCAACAGGCCGCACUCGCCUAACGGGCCGCUCAAGUUUUCCGAGAAGUUCCAGCUCUUCACGCCGUUCUCCUUGGGCUUUGAGUUCAGACCGGGCAGAGAAUAUUACUACAUUUCCUCCACCGUGGCUGAGAACGGGAAGAAAACCUGCCUGAAGCUGAAAGUUUUCGUCCGACCAUCAAACAGCUGUGUGAGAACUAUAGGCGUACAUGACCGUGUUUUUGAUGUAAACGACAAAGUAGACAAUACGUUAGAACCACGAGACGACACAAGCCAUGAACCAGCCGAGCCCUCCCGAAGCGAGGAAACAAACGCAGCGCCGCGCCUGCCGACAUCGAGUCAACUUGUGGCGUCACUGCUGCUCUGCCUGGCAGCACUCUUAUAGCGCCCCCGUCUGUCCCGGAGGGGCACAUUUAUUACACCCAGCGUGGCCUGAAUGAAUCUGCCCGAGGUUGCAGGGAAAGGGGGGUGGGAUUUUGCAGGUGUUUGCUUGAUUGGACAUCCCGAGGAAUCUCUCUAUUCCCCCAACCCCCGCCCCCUCCCAAAAAAAGUUUCAAGGAUGUGCGUGGGGGGAAGAAAAGCGGGGGAUAUGGCGCCCCUUUUUUUUUUUUUUUUGCAAACCUAAGAUGCCAAAUCCUUUUUUUCUUUUUGUUUUUUGACUUCGUGUUUUUCCCUUGACAGCGUCAUGUUUAAUCACUGCAGUACACACACACACACACACACACACACACACACACACACACACACACACACACACACGCACACACACACACGGACACGAGUCUCUACAAUUCUUACAAAGUUGUGUUCAGUAGCAGUAGGAAAGUGAAGACUGUAGCGCUUAGGAAGGACUUGUACAUAAACAAGUAGCUAGCUAGCUGUCUCGAGACCUCGCGAGAAGCAGCUGUGUUGGCAUUUUUGAUCCAGCAAAUGAGAGAUGACGGAAAAGAAGUGUAAUUAAUUGACGGCAGGGUGCCAUUUAAGUCCUCCUACAUUCAUUGUGCAAACAUUGAGCACAUCUUUAUUAUUUGGGGGAGGGGGCUUUUUAUGACAGUUGUUAUGUUUUUAGGAUUGCAUGUUGGGCCAGAUCAAAUGCUCUUGCGGUCCGUAUAUGGCCCAUGCGCUGUAGGUUGGCCACCCUUGGUUAAAGCAGGAAACCACAGCACUGGAAAAAUGUAUGCGGCCUGCACUUUAACCUACUGAUCUGCAGGGCACACAGUAAGACGGUAGAGGAUCAACUGUUGAGUGAAAUCUAGGAAUGGACUCAUUUUCCUUGACUAUUUUUAAAUAUUAAUCCUCAGUGAAUGUUCUGAACUCCUGCUUCCAUGCCAGUUGUCGCAUCGAAGAGAAUAAGAGUGUUGCCAUCGGGGGGGAUGCAGCUGACAUGUUGUUCUUUAGACGGACAACCGAUCAUCAACUAAGUCCACACAAAGGACAGAAUACUUAGCAAUCAGUUCAUCGACCAAUCGAUUAUUAUGCCUGUCACUAGUGAAAAAUGAAAAGAUAGCGGUUCACUCUAAUAACACAGAGAAAUUCAAACUCCCACUUGGAGGCGGAGGAUCGAUGUCUUUUAGAAGUCGCAAUUUCACGGCAGCGUUCACACUCAUUUUGUGUUUACUGAGCCGGACAAAGAAUUCUUCUCUUUGUUCUGUCAGUCGAUGUUCUUGCUGGCUUGCAUAUUCCAACCCAAAGAUUUGAACUCAACGCCAAUGAUGACAGGUGAAACGGGAGUCACAUGCUUCUUAAAGAGAGACUAACAGCAGCUUCUUGUGCAGCACUGAUGCAUCGUUGCGUUUACUUGCUCACAUAGCACUUACAAUCAAUGAUACCGUCCCGAUGCGUGUGAGGACACUCAGCUUCAUUCAGCUUCAACUUCAAUAUGGAGAAUUCUCCAAAUGAAACAACUUCCUGUCAGACCUGUGUGCCAAAUAGGUCCUCCAACAAAAAAGCCUGUAUGUCCACCCUGGGCUCCUCGUGUUACUGGUUUAAGUGACUCUUUAAUGAGGUUCAAAAUGACAGGCAUGCGGACCCCAUGUUGCGGCAAGGGGGAGUUAUUUUUACUAUUAAAAAUAGACAGCGGAAGGCUUGAAGGAAGGGGUAGGGGUAAGGGAGGAGGGUCUCAAGAGAAGGGGUGUAGAUUUCAUCCAUGGGGGGUUUUUAAGGCACCAAUGACCUUGCUGUUUGAGGGAAGUGGUGAGUGAAAGAAAUGGAAUUCCAAGGGAGGGGUCCAGGGACACGUGAGGUAGCCGAAGAUAGUCGAAUUAAUGAGAGUGGAGCAAAAUACAUAAAUGCAAUUUUAAAAUCGAUGGAGCACUUCUGGAAAGUCCCAAAGGUAUGUUAAAGUACGAAGGCGUGUUAGAGCCACACUGAAGAGCAGGAAAAAACACUACGAGAAGAGAAGUUCAAACAUCGUAAGGACAAAUACGUUGUGCUGUACGCAAACCAGAAUAGAAAGUCAUCACAGUAUAACAACAAUAUACGAAUAAAGCUGUAAAAAAUGUGUCAUAAAGUGGUGCUUUCUGGAAGAAACGUUACAUUUUAGAAGAAUAAAUAUCAUCGUAAUAUCGCAAGAAAAACGGUUUAACCAUUAAAAGUGCGACUUCAUUGAAAGAAAUGUGACAAUAUUCUCGUAAUAUUACGACUUUUUCUCGGAAAAAAAAAUACUUAAUUUUUGUAAUAUUUUUACAUUUUAUCUUGAAACAUUAGAACUUUAUUCUCAAAAAGAUUAACAUUGUUUCUGUAAUAUUAUGACUUUUUAUACAGAAAAAAACUGCUUUUUCCUUGUAAUUGUGACUUUUACUGUCUUUUCUCGUUCUAGUCCAACUUGAUUGUCCUAACAUGCACGCAAGAUUCCAGUUCAUAUUGAAGAUGUGCGUUUGCAUCGACGACUUAUACGAAUAUCUCCAUCUCCAUCAGUCCAGCAGUCAGCAUUUUAUUGUUAAAACAUUACAACUGAUUUUUCUUGUAAUAUCACAACUUUAUUCUCGGAAUUUCAUUUUUUUUUCCUUCUCGGUGUGGCCCUAAUUCUCCUUCGUAAAACAAAAAAAACACAAAAAAAGACAUGAAUGUGUUUCUUUUUUCAUAACGUGUCUGCCUUCCUCCCCAUGCAAGACCGCCUUUACCUUUACCUUUGGCAUCUGUGCUUUUUAUUUGUAGUGCUAUCAGUGUGGCGUUCCAGGACUUAAGGCCAUUGAAUAUUUCAGUAAUAAUGUCAGAACGAAGGCUUCUCGGCAGAUGAACAGACCUUUUAUCGCAAAACCAGCUUCAAGUUGACUCUCUGCCUGUUAUUUAGUUUGUUUUUGCUUUAAUCGCCACGUUUGAUUGCGUACACAGCCUAACCUGGGAAAUGAGGAUCAACUUUAAAAAGUGGAUACUGUGUAUCCUGAGGUAUUCAACCAUCAAACAUGUAGUGGUAGCUUCUCGCGUCUGUUUUGUACCUUCUGGAGGACAAAAGAAAAAAAAAAGAUCAUUGUUAAAACUGUAUAAUUGUUACUGUUAUGAUGAUGAUUAAGACUUAUUAUUAUUAUUAUUAUUAUUAUUAUUAUUAUUAGGGAAGACUCCUUGUUGUAAAUAGUGUUUGAUAUUAAAGUAUUAAUUUGGUUAUGUCUUUUUCUAAAAAAAAAAGAAACAAAAAUAGAAUAUGGUAAUAUCUCUGGGUUUUGUUGAGUGCUUUGAAACAAUGCAUUGUGCGCUGCGAUCCUCAAUGCCUAAAUGAAGCUAAUACUGUAUGUUCAACGUCGGAGCUGUACACACACACGCCGGUGGACGGACGACAACGUACGCCAUCUUCAGGAGGAUCCUUUGGACUUUGAACUGUCUUGGACGCUUCUUUUUUUUUUUUUUUUUUGCCUUUUAGCGUGGGAAAGCAUGAGAACGAACUGGACGCUUUCAUGAUGUGGCAUGCGCAUGAACUUAAUGACAUGUACGAAAAAAAUAGUUGGGUUUUUUUGUUGCUUGUUUUAUUUACAGUGUGUUAGGUUUUUGUUAGGUUUUUUUUAGCUCACAAUGUGCAUUAUUUUGCAUCCCUGAAAUCCGAGUGAUGUCACGGAGCCUUGUAAGUGCUGUACAAAAACACCAAACAUUUAUCGUGAUGUUGCAGUGGGGCUCAGCCAUGUUGUUGGGUUUUUUUGGUUUUGUUUUUUUAUUUCUUGAGAAAGACUUUACUCUCUCCUUUGCUCUUUGGAGGAGCGCAUCCAGAGGGAGUGCAUACAUGGACGUGAGUUUUACAAAAGCGUGACUUUGGUGUGUGUGUGUUUCUCAUGUGGUGCUGCCGCCGUAAAUGGGAAGCGACUCCCCUCUUUUUUGGCAGCCGAGAGUGUUUCCCAUGCCUUAGACGCUCUCUGCCAUUGUGCUUUUACAGGUCAAACAAAACAAGCCCUUCACUUCUCUUCUCCCCUUUUUUAAUAACCCUCAGCCCUCCUUGUAUCUGGCCUAGAUGUUGCUCAUUUAAGAACAAGUGCAGACCCCCUUCCUCCACAAUAACCAGGGGUCAAAGCAUCACCAGGUUGUGCGGCCCUGGUUCAUUUUAGUCUUCUUGUGAUUGUGUCGCAUCCACCACAUCACAUCACACGCUGUCCUUCCUCUUUGUACCCUGCGCCUACUUUGUCAGCAGUGGGUACAAAUUUCCAAACCUGCUCUUUUACAGUAUAUAAACAACGGAAAAACGGACAAAAAAAGUAUCUGUAUUUGUAUAUACACGUGUCUGAGCAUCUAUGAGUAAUACAAUAAAAUAGAAAAACAUUACUGUGGUGAUUGAUGGUGGCUUUUUUUCCACUAUAGUACUUUUUUUCAGGCUGCUGUUCAGUUCUUCCUAUAGGUGAUGAUGGAAUCACGGGUCCAAACUAUUAUUUACUAACUACAGGCCAGCUGAGAGACAUACAGUAGUCUCUCCAACGUGUUCUGGGUCUUCCCCGAUGCCUCCUACUGGUCGGAUGUGCCCUGAGCACCUCCCCAUGGAGGCGUCCGGGAGGCAUCCUGACCAGAUGCCCGAGCCACCUCAUGUGGCUCCUCUCAAUGUGGAAGAGCAGCGGUUCUACUCGGAGUUUCUCCCGGAUGACAGUGCUUCUCACCUUCUCUCUAAGGGAGAGCCCAGCCACCCUACAGCAAAAACUGAUUUUGGCCACUUGUACCCGCAAUCUCGUCCUUUCGGUCACUACCCAAAGCUCAUGACCACAGGUGAGGGUAGGAAGGGAGCUCGACCGGUAAAUCAGCUCCCUCCUCACCAUAACAGACCAAAGCAGAGUCGGCAUCACUGCAGACGCCGCACCAACCCACCAGUCCAUCUCGCGUUCCAUCCUUCCCUCACUGGUGAACAAGAGCCCGAGAUACUUAAACUGCUCCACUUGGGGCAGGAUCUCAUCCCAGAAAAUAACACAUAUUAGAAAUAAAUAAUUAAUACAGACUCAUACAUUAGCAGUUCCUUGGUUUUGUUCUGGACAGCCUACUUCCUGCGGUGGCUAUGGUCUCAUCAAUGCAUUGUAAUGGCGGCUUUAAAUGGCUUUACACUCGUAUGUAAAUGUAUUUACACUCGAGUAAAUAAGCUAUUUAAGACAUAAAUAAAGUUGUGUUCGUGUGUCACAGUAAGUGUGUUCCCUAGUGGACCUUAAUCGCGGUCGCACAGAUGUGGUGAGGACAGGAAGUGACGUCGGAGGUUCAGAGUUGAGUUUUAUCUUGUCGUGGGUUAUGGCCCCAACAGUAGCCCAUCUUAUUAUUAUGAUUAUUGUGUUAUUUUUAUUGUGCCUGUUGUGAGAUCAUUAAAAAGUUUUCUGGCGAUCACGCCUGGCCCUUGUCUCACCAAACACCGACGCCGAGGAGAAGCGGUAUAGAAAAUGGAGGAUGUUACUUUUUUCCUUUAAUUUUCCAACACGACGCUGUUGUUUCAUUAAUAUUAUUACUUAAUUCUCCUGAUAUUUAG